AUGAGACUGGGUCCACUUAAUAUUUGUAUUUUUCAGUUUCCUAUAUCGCGUGAUAUAUUGAUUUCUUUGCCUUCCCUUUUUUCAAUACUAUGUACAAAUUCGCGAGAUGAUACAUUAUUAAAAUUAGCCAACGCUAUAGAAGAUUUCAUUCGUCGUCAACCAGUACUUCUCCCAUCACUUUUGGAUGCUAUUUGUCAAAUGUUAGAUAAACUUAAUAAUUGGGCUGCUUCCGAUUCUUCUCGUUGUAUAAUGUCUUUGGCGUCAGAUAAGACAACAAUUCUCACACCAUCUAUUGAGGUGAAUAGCAAUAACAAUACAAGGGGAACAUCACGACUUCGAGAUCUUAAUGUGGAAAUGUCGGAUGAUGAAGAUGAUGAAACAAAUUACUCUUCAGCAUUAAGUGGGAUUGCUUCGAUGGGGAAUGUAUCAAGAUUAGGUGGCUCAAGUCCAUUUGUGUUUAUCGAUGGUGUAUCUGUUGUGCCACUUGGAGAAUAUUUAUUAAAUAUCGGGAAAUUACUUGAAGUCCUCAUUACUCAAAAUCCAACUUUGGAGAUGCUUGAUGCCUUUAUUAAUUGUGGCGCUGCUCAAAAACUAAUAUCACUGCUUAAAGUCAAGAAUAUGCCGUGGGCUAUUUCGCAAUCGGUAUUCCCUCAGCAUAUAAACAAUAUCUUUCGUUAUUUGCUGGUUUGUAUUUUUCUUUUCUUUUAA